AUGGCUCUAAACGCAACAGCCGCCGUGGAAGUCGAUUCCGCGAUCUGGCACGCGGUCGCCGGCGCCGAAGUGCACAUUCCGGCGAUUAAUUCCUACGUCUACUACUUCCCCCAGGGGCAUUUGGAGAAUGUCUCCGCCCCCGCCGCUGCCUACAAUUUCAACCUAAUGCGGCCGUGGAUCCCCUGCCAAGUGAUUUCCGUUGGAUUCCUCUCCGAUCCGGUGACGGAUCAGGUUUUCUCCAAAAUCCUCCUCCAGCCGCUGCAGCCGCUCGGCCACCGCCAGAACGACGCACUCAAUUUCGCCGAAAGCGACGUCGUCACGUACGCGAAGGUCCUGACCCGAUCCGACGCCAACAACGGCGGCGGAUUCUCCGUGCCUCGGUUCUGCGCGGAUAUGAUCCUCCCGCAGCUCGAUCUGGAGGCGGAUCCGCCGGCGCAGAAUCUGCUGCCGAGAGACACGCUCGGCCAUGCAUGGGAGUUCCGCCACAUCUUCCGCGGCACGCCGCGGCGGCACCUCCUCACCUCGGGGUGGAGCCGGUUCGUCAACGCGAAGAGCCUCGUCGCCGGCGACGCGGUCGUCUUCAUGAAGAAGAGAUCCACCGGCGAGCUGUACCUCGGGAUCCGCCGCGCGGCCACGUUCGUCGGCGCCGGGGGCGGCGCCGACGCGGCGGCGGUGGUGGGCGCGGUGCAGAGGGCGGGGAGGGGGCUGGCGUUCGAGGUGGUGUACUAUCCCAAGGCAGGAUCGCCGGAUUUCGUGGUGAUGGCGGAGAAGGUGAAGGAUUCGCUGCAGAUGCGGUGGGUGGCCGGGAUGAAGGUGAAGAUGCACGUGGAGACGGAGGACGCGUCGAGGAUGACGUGGAUGCUGGGGACCGUGACCGCCGCGGCGACGCCGGUCAGCGGAGUUUGGUGCGGCUCGCCUUGGCGCAUGCUCACGGUGAAUUGGGAAGAUCCGGAGGGUUCGGACGAGAUUACUACGAGGACCGUGAACCCGUGGCAAGUGGACUACUUGCCAUUCUCUCCACUAAUGGCCCCAGGCUUCCAUCCGGCGAAGAGGCUCAAAUUCUUGCAAAACAACGGCAAUUAUUUCCCUCCGGCCAACCACUUCGCCGGCAACCCCAGCGUCGCCGCUCCCGUCUUCGACUUCUCUCACUACAUGGGCAUGCAGGCCGUCAGGCCGAACCCUGCCGCCGGCGCCCGUUACCAGCUCCAGCCGGCGCUGAACAAUCUCCACCGCGCCAUCGAGAAUUUCCGGCCGGCGAUGGUGCUCAACCGUGUCCACCACCCGCACAGGCUGCACAACCUCCAGCUGCAGGCGGCGGCCCACAACAUCCCUCUUCCGGUGGCGUUCCGCAACCUCCAGCGACGGGCGGCGGCGGUGAAUAACGAGGCGGAGCAGGAUUUGAUCUCCGUGUCGAUGGCGCUGAGCAUCGGGAGCUCGUCGGGCAGCGUGCAGUCGCAGGGGACGGGGCAGGGGGCUUCGUCGUUCCAGCUGUUCGGGAAGACGAUUGAGAUGGCUGGGGACGACGAAGGAGAGGAAGGGGAGAGUGGUGGCGGCGGAGAGGGUGGUGAUGAUGGCGGUGAGAGCUGUGGUUGA